AUGGAUGCAACUUCAAGCAACGGAGUGGAGAGUUUUAAAACGUUUACAGGCUGUCAGGAUGAUGCCGAGGCCAGGCAGCUUAUUGAAGCUUGCAGUGGAAACAUUGAGGCGGCAGUUGAUCUGUUUUUUCAACAGAAGGCCUCUUCGUCUAAUGGGUGUUCGGAACCUUCAACUUCUCGCCAUCGAAUAGCUCACCAUCCUAAAAGUAACCAGUACAAUCUAAGGCGUUCAACAAGAAGUUCUUCAAAUCCUAGUUUCAGUAAAAAAGAUCAAGAUGAUGUCGUUAUGAUAGAUGAAGAUUAUGUUCGGCCUCCAAUGAAAUCAGUUCGCGGUGCCAUCGUUGAGCAGUCAUUUCAAGAGCAGUACCAACGUCCAAGGAGGAUACAAACAAACUCGGUUUUUGAAUCUUUUCGAGAUUAUCACCCUGACCAAGAACAGAGCUCAUCAGGUCGGGGUUUGAAUGGUGUUGCGGCUAGAAGAAGUGCUCUACAGAAUCUUUUCAAACCACCAUAUGAUAUUCUUUUUUCCGGCAGUUGGGAAGAGGCCCGUGCUGAAGCGCAAAGACUUUCGUUGUGGUUACUCGUGAAUGUUCAGAACGUUCAAGAGUUUGCUUGUCAGGCUCUUAAUCGAGACGUGUGGUCGAAUAUAAGUGUUAAAGAAAUAAUCAAAUCUAACUUUGUCUUUUGGCAAGUUUACCAUGACUCUGCCGACGGUGUUAGGGUCGGGAAUUACUAUCGUGUUCUCUCAUACCCGGCAAUAUUCGCAAUUGAUCCUAGAACCGGUGAACUCAUAGAAAAUUUUAGAGCAGUCGACCCUGUAGCGUUUUGUGAUCAGAUUGGGACUUUUCUGAGCGCGAAUCCUGAUUUUGCGACGAGAGAUCAUCGAAUUACCAGUGCUGCUGCAUCGUUGAAUGCAAAUAAUAGUGAACGUAGUAGGUCAAGCAAUGAGGUAACUGUUGUGGUAGCAAGGCAGUAUAGAACUGAUUUCAUUAUGCAAAUAUUUAAGGACGAAGAUAUGCCUCAAUGUUCCAGUGGUGCUGGGAGGAAACGACCGUUUAGGGCAGAGGAGGUAACUUCUUCUCAAGCACAAGAGGAAGUUUUCAAGAAAGCGCGGAAAGGUAUCUGGUUUGUUUGCUUGAUGGCGAGUGACCUCGACGUUGACGAAAUUUUGGACAGAGGAAACAGGCUGACAACUGUAGACUCAGACGAAUGGCUUAAACACUUAGGUUAUCCUGACGGAAAAGGGCAGACAUUGUCUAUUGUUCUAAAGUUCCCUGACGGUUUAAGAAAGCGAAUUGAUGUUGAAGACACAACUACUCUAAAAGCAGUAUUCUUGUUGGCUGCUGGGCUUGGUUAUGGCCAACACGAUCAUAUGUUGACUUUAUUCUACCCAAAACGCGAAUAUUUAUUUGAAAAUGCAGAACAUACUAUGCGAGAACUUGGUUUCAACCAACAGGAAGUGAUUCACGUUGAAAGAAAGUGA